AGUAGUUUGAUAUAAUGUUCAGUACAUUCCGUGGUGAGAGCGGCGACGAGUUGCCCAAUGAUAACUAUGACAGACCGUUAUCGGCCACCCCGGGAGCCAGGCCUCCCUACGUCAUUGUAGUCCACAGUUGCAAGGGCGGCGUUGGCAAGAGCACAGUCGCUUUCAACCUCAGUGUAGCCCUUGCGGAUAGUGGACUUGAUGUUGGUCUGGUAGAUGCUGAUGUUAUGGGACCAUCUCUGCCGGCUUUCGUCAAGCCGGAGGAAGGUCACCUGUACUUUUCGAAAAACGAGAAAUGGGCACAACCAGUGAAGUAUCCGACCACUUGUGGAUCUCUCUGUUGCCAAUCCUUUGGCUGGCUUGACGUGAACAAGGCCUCGAAGCAGGGCGCUGGCCUCUCCGCACAGAGUGCUAAGGAAGUCGUGGCGAUGAUGCUCACACAGACUGACUAUGGCAACGUUACUCAUCUGGUAGUGGACUGUCCGCCUGGGACUGGGGACAUACCGAACCUCCUAUUGGGCGGUGGUGUUCAUCCCUCUUGUGCCGUGGUUGUGACUACUCCACACAAGCUGUCCCUGAUGGAUACAAAGUCGGGUGUGGACAAGAUGCGGAGAGAUGGCGUCACCAUCGGUGCUAUCGUUGAGAAUAUGGCAUAUCUAGAAUGCCCCCACUGUAGCGGGAUUAUCCACCCUUUUGGUGAAGCAGAUGUCCAUUGUGCUCUGGGGCUUGGCGAGGAGGUACCAGUGGUCGAGCUACCUAUCGAGGCCACCUUAUCAUCGCAUCUCAUAGCCUCUCCGGCCUCCUCUACUGAACGUCGCUUUUUGGAGCUCGCGAGAAUUGUGGCAGCAUCUUGUGAAGCGUCAGGCAGCCCUCGUGGGGUCAAAGGUAUCUACGACCAUUUGCCAAUGGUGAUUCAGGACUGGGGGACUUUCAUUGCGUGUCUGUCGGUGUCCAUGUAAUCGAUAACAAUUGUAUUAAAGUUAAACCAACCGGUAGUUUUCUGCAUAGUAUUCUCAAUUUCUGUGCUCUGUUGUUUCCCGGAUUCACCCGAGUUUCUCCAUCUCAAGUGUAGCGUCUGUGAGUCGAAUGUAUUUCUCGAGAGAGGAUCAUUCGAGUCAUCAGAGCUACUCGUAAAUAAAUGACCGAUGGUAUCCGAUAUCGAUGCCAUAUGAAUAUCUGAGCCCGACCAAAAGCAAUAGGAAGAAGUUCGUGAGUUUUCUCCAGUGAUUGGGGUACGCUAUGCGUGCGUGGCUCCAUCUUACUCCAUCAUGCCUGUCAACGCGAUUGUUUAUGCGUCAAUUCCACUUCUACAAUAGCGGUGUGAAUCACACCGCGUGAACAAUUGUGUUCGAUCUGCCUUUGGAGCUAUCGAUGAAUUGUAAGUUUUUC